GUUUAUUUGGUAUUGACGAUAUUUAUAAUUAUUGAAUGGAUUCUGAAAUGAUAAUCAGUAUUUAGUAAUUUACUGAAGAGAAAACCAUUUUAUUCUAUUAUUGUCCAAUAUGUCAAAACUAUUCUUGAUAAUUUUUCUUUUAUAUCGUCUAAUAAAAUUAAGUCAAUGUCAAAUUGAACUUGAUAAAAUUGUUUCUGAAGACGAAAAUAUCGAAGAAGAAUAUCGUUAUAGUAAACCAAUUCCUUAUUCUCUUGAAGAAACUUUCGACGGAAGUUUCUCAUCGAGGGGUUUCAAUGGGACAUGGAUUUCAUCGACAUUAAUUCUGUAUAAGAAUUCAAAAACAAAAGAUCUACUUACAUUUGACGUGAAAACAAUGAAAACCAAAGUUUUUCUUAACUCAUCGGCACUGGAAGGCAAUCCCUUGAUUAAUUUGUCUCCCGAUGGAUCGUAUCUCUUAGCUGGUCGUUUAAUUUCUAAAGUUUACAGAAUGUCAACUUUAAGAAAAUAUCGGGUGUAUGAUUUUCAAAGAGAAUCAUGGUCAGAAAUUGCAAAUGGUGAAAUAGUAUCACUUGCUGUAUGGUCUUCGGUUGAAAAUGAUCUGUUUUACGUAAUGAACAACGAUAUCUAUUAUCGACAAAUUGUAAAUAAUUCAAUAAAUAUCAGAAGAUUAACUUUCAACGGUGUACCGGGAAUAAUUUACAAUGGAGUGCCCGACUGGGUUUACGAAGAGGAUGUUCUCAAGACGGAUUGUGCAUUGAAAGUAUCUUCGGAUGGAAAAUAUCUUUUAUUUGCAACUUUUAACGACACGGAAGUAAAAGAUGCCGUUUAUUCGAUUUAUGGAAAACCUGGAGAACUCAAUAGUCAAUAUCCAUCAAUAAUGAAAUUAAAAUACCCGAAGGCUGGCAGUACAAUGCCAACUGUUACUUUAAAUCUACUGAAUCUAACGAAUAAUUCAUCAAAAAAUUACCAAGUAUUAGAAGCACCAGUUGACGUCGUAGGAAGAGAACACUUGUUGUACAAUUUUGGUUGGAUGACAAAUAAUAAAAUCAUUGUCACAUGGACAAAUAGAGUACAAAAUAUUUCUCAAAUAGUCACCUAUGAUCUUAAUGGGAAAUCAACAUAUAUUUUAUCCUUAAAUGAAUGGAAUGGUUGGCUGAGUCCAUCGGAAUUAUUUUAUCACAAUAAGGGAUAUUUAAUUUCUCUUGCCAAUCAAGAUUCUCGCACUUCUGCCGGUAAAUUUAUGCACGUGACGAGAUUGAAUUUGAAAAUGACAAAUAAUGCACUAAUUGAUUUAACACCUGGCACAUCUAAUGUAUUGUCAAUUAUUGGAAUUGAUGAGAAUACCAAUAGAGUUUAUUAUUUGGCCACUGCUCCCGAACUGCCAUCGCAAAGAAAUUUUUAUUCUGUGUCAAUAAUUCAUAAUUCAGAACCAAUUUGUCAUUCGUGCGAUCAUAAAAGUCCAGAAGGCAGACAGUGUAAAUAUGCGGAUGCAAAAUUUUCAUUAGAUAAAUCAUUUUAUGCAUUAACUUGCAAUGGACCAGAUCCGUCAACAACAGUAAUUUACAAUUCCAUUGGACUUGAAAUUUUCACCUGGCAAAGCAAUCGUAUUUUAAGAAACAAAUUAUCGCAGAGAUUACAACCCAUUAUAAAAGAUAUUACUCUCACGGUUAAUGGAUAUAAAUGUGAAGUCAAAUUAUUUUUACCACCUCAAUUCAAUGAGAAGAAAAAAUACCCCAUGCUCGUAAAAGUCUAUGCUGGACCAAAUUCAGUGAGAGUUGUGGAUGCUUUUUCUCAAGGACUGGAACAUUACAUGACAACAAAUAGAAGUACUAUUUGCGCUUUAAUGGAGGGUAGAGGAAGUGGAAAUAAGGGAAGUAAAAUGCUUUUUGAAAUUUAUAGAGCUUUGGGAACAGUUGAAAUUCAGGAUAUAAUAGAUAUAACAAGGAAUUUGCAAGAAAAAUAUUCGUGGAUUGAUGCAAAUAGAACUUCCUUGUGGGGUUGGAGUUACGGUGGUUACGCAACGGGAAUGGUUUUAGCAAAAGAUGUAAAUUCCGUUUUUAAAUGUGGCAUUGCUGUCGCUCCCGUGGUUUCUUGGAUUUAUUAUGAUUCUAUUUAUACCGAGAGAUAUAUGGGAUUGCCCACUGAUAAUAUGGCCGCAUACAAUGAAAGUGACUUAACAAGAUUAGUCGAAGGUAUUCGUGGAAAGGAUUUUCUUCUUAUUCAUGGCACUGGUGACGACAACGUUCACUUUCAAAAUUCAAUGGCAUUGGGUAAAGCUCUCGCAAUGAAAGAUGUUCCCUAUCGAGAAGUUGUUUAUCCAGACGAAACACACAGUCUUUCUGGUAUUUCUUCACAUCUCUAUCAUACGAUUGACAAGUUUUUGGAAAAGUGCCUCAAAUUAACUUACACUCUGCCCUAGCGUGAAUUUAAUACUUAUAGCUAAUUUUAUAAUAUAGAAUAAAAUAAAAAAUAAAAUCAAAAAAGUGCCUCAAAUUAACUUACACUCUGCCCUAGCGUGAAUUUAAUACUUAUAGCUAAUUUUAUAA